GCAAAACAGCCAGCCAGGGAGGCGUUCCAGUCAGUUAGCUCGUACCUGCACCGUAGCUGAACUGGUAAAAUUGAAUAUUAAAAUUAACCCUAUAAACCAGUGGUAAAUAAUCAAGAUAUGGUCGAUUGAAGUUCAAACGCAAUGUAAUAAACGACCAACAGAACUAUACAGCUCAAAAUUUUAAUAUAGAAUAGAAGUAAACUUUAUGAUGGGGUCGAAAUUCCAUAUUAGUUUUAUUGCGCGUUGUAUAUAUUGAUGUGAGUGAAUUUUGGAAACGAAAAUGCAUAGUUUAGCCAUAAUUGCUGUUACCACAACUUUGAUUUAUUCCGCGCUAAGCGCGGUGCAUUCCGAUAGUAAUGCAUCGGACAACUCCCUGAACGAAUCUCCAACCAACAAUGUCACCAAAGGGAGUAUAUCCUAUUUUGAUAGUAACGUGUCUACAAAUGUAACUGCUCUGCUGGGAAGAACUGCAUAUUUAAACUGCCGUGUUAAAAACUUCAGCAAUAGAACAUUGCAGGUGUCAUGGCUCAGACACAGAGAUGUCCAUUUACUUACUGUAGGUCACUAUACUUAUACAAACGAUCAAAGAUUUAAAGCUAUCCAUUCAGUCCAUACAGGAGAUUGGACUCUUAUGAUUAAAUAUCCUCAGCACACCGAUUCUGGCGUUUACGAAUGUCAAGUUUCUACUAGUCCUCAUAUGAGUGCUUAUUUUUACUUAUAUGUCGUUGAAGCCAUUUCGGAAAUACUUGGUGGACCAGAACUCUAUGUUGAUGUCGGAAGUACUAUUAACUUAACUUGCGUGGUUAGGCACAGUCCAGAACCUCCGGCUUAUAUUAUUUGGAACCACGAAGGCACAAUCAUUACUUAUUCGAGUAAACGGGGUGGCGUCAGUGUUAAAACUGAAAGGGAAGACGUUAGCAGAAGUGUUCUUCUUAUCAGAAAUGCACAUUCAUCUGAUUCCGGUCUCUACACAUGCAACCCUUCUAAUGCUAGACCUUCCAACAUCACCGUACACGUCCUUAAUGGUGAGCACCUAGAAGCCAUGCAGUUUAGUGGAAAAAUCUCCACAUACCCUCCGCUUACAUUAACAGCCCUCAUUGUACUUUCAACGGUGUAUUUUAUGUAUUGCUAAAUACAUUUUUUUGUGGAAAAUCAGUCUUUUUUCUUGUGUAAAAAUGUUUUUACCAUGUAGAUACC